GAGAGGAGAGGAUAAAUAGGAAUGAUCGAAGUGGAAUAAUAAGUGCAUCGUUUUCGAAAACGACGAGUCUGAUGAAAAGUUGAUGAUUUCGUGUCCGUUGAACGGCGUAUGGCUCGCGAUCGGUCCAAUCGAUCCUCGUUGCCUCGUCUGCCGUGGAGAUUCGUAACGACGCUCCGGCACGUAGAACGACCGUCGUCCAACCGUGGUCGUUUGUUCGUAGUAAACGGACGGGGGGGAAGAAGGAACGCACGAUCGACGAGCAUCGUUCGGCGACAGGUGAUUUUCGAGGAUAGCGAUCCUGGCUAUUGCUGGAACACGUUGUCACGGUGGCCGGCGAAGUGAUAUACAAGGAAGCAAAGACGGAGCGUUCUCGCAGCAGCGCAGAGGAUACGAUAAUACCGUAUUGGAAUAGGGGAAAAGUAAAUCCUGCGAUAAGGGUGGUGGUGGUGGACGCGGAGCGGCCUGGAACGAGGAGGGUGCCCGUAUUUUCGAAGGAAAUGCGCUGCUAGCAAAUCGGCAAGGUGUCGCCCGAAUUUUUGAGCACGCUGAGGUGGAGGAUGGAGGAGCUGGAAACGCUGGAGAGCACGGAGUGCCCCGAGUGCCCCGGGCCACCCCCCGAGUUCCGGUUACCGCCACCCCCUCGGCCACCCUUCCUCACCGACGGCACCUUUUGCUCGGAGGAGCCACUCACCGAGAUCGAAGAUUGCGUCGCCAUCCCGAUGAUCGACGCGUCGUACCACACGAAUCCAUCGCUUCAAAGCACCGCCUCAUCAUCACCUGCGCGGUGGUACUUCUGCUGAUGGCAGCGAUCGUGUCCGUCG